UUUCUGUAGGGAAAACACAGUGGCAGUGUCUCCUAGUCUACAGGAUGAGUGGGGUUGGUCCUCCGGGGACCUUCCUGGUCUUGGUCAUGAGUCUCAGCCUCUGCAGUGCCGGAACCGGGAAAUAUUGCAGAGAUCCUAAACAAACACUGACUGGUUCGUCUGAUCCCUUAGCAAUAAUUCCUGUGUGUGACGGAACUCCGGGAUACAUACAGAUUAGCAGUUACUCUGAAUUUGCCUCAAGUCAAGUCAGCAGUGGUUCAUCCAUGGGAUCUAGUAGUGGAUCCAGUUUUGGUGCCAGUGGAGGAACUGGGGGAAGCUCAGGAGGGGGAUCUGCAUCUUGGGUUCAAGCUUCUGGAGGAGGCAGUGCUCAGUCCUCUGGCUCCCAAUCAUCUAUGCAUGGCAGUCAGUUUGUUUCUGGCGGAGGAGGUUCCUACCAAUCUGGAAGCUCUGGAUCUGCUGGAGGAGGAGGAGGUUCCUACCAAUCUGGAAGCUCUGGAUCUGCUGGAGGAGGAGGUUCCUACCAAUCUGGAAGCUCUGGAUCUGCUGGAGGAGGAGGAGGUUCCUACCAAUCUGGAAGCUCUGGAUCUGCUGGAGGAGGUUUCUACCAAUCUGGAAGUUCUGGAUCUGCUGCUGGAGGAGGUUUCUACCAAUCUGGAAGCUCUGGAUCUGCUGGAGGAGGAAGUUUCUACCAAUCUGGAAGCUCUGGAUCUUCUGGAGGAGGUUCCUACCAAUCUGGAAGCUCUGGGUCUGCUGGAGGAGGUUCCUACCAAUCUGGAAGCUCUGGAUCUGCUGUAGGAGGUGGUUCCUAUCAAUCUGGAAGCUCUGGAUCUGCUGGAGGAGGAGGUUUCUACCAAUCGGGAAGCUCUGGGUCUGCUGGAGGAGGUUCCUACCAAUUUGGAAGCUCAUCAUCUGGUAGUGCUUCAGGAGGAAGCUCUGUGAUACUUGAAGUAAUUAGAGGUAGUGGACAUGGAGGAGGAGUAAUAGCCAGCGGUGGACAUGGAGGAAGUGGAGUAAUAGUCAGUGGUGGACAUGGAGGAAGUGGAGUAAUAACCAGUGGUGGACAUGGAGGAGGAGGAACAAUAGUUAUUGGUGGACUUGGAGGAGGUGGAGCUGCUGUUGGAGGUGGAGGAGGGGGAGGUGGAUAUGGAGGAGUAAGAGGAGGACAACAAGUGGGACAACAAAGCUCUGUUAGUGUUGGGAGUGGCCUUUCUAAUCCAAUUAUCCUUCCAGGAGGGAAAACACUCGAUGACAUUCCAGUGUCACCCGGAUGUAAAAACAGACCAGGUGGGAACAUUCAUGGCCAUGGUAGACCUGGAGGUGGUGGAGGCAUUUCACAGUUUCAAGGACAAGGACCUCAAGGACAGGAUUCAGUGAUUAUUGGAGCUAUCAACAAUCCACCACGAGGUGGAGGAGGGUCAGCAGGUGGCGGGAGCAUUAUUAGUGGAGGCUCUUCAUCAAGUUAUUCUCAGAGUCAAGGACAGAGUCAAGGGCAAGGUUCAAUCAUUUAUGGAUCUAUCAACAAUCCACCACCACGAGGUGGAGGUGGAUCAGCAGGAAGCGGAAGCAUUGUUGGUGGGAGCUCUUCAUCAAGUUAUUCACAUGGUCAAGGACAGAGUCAAGGGCAAGGUUCAAUCAUUUAUGGAGCUAUCAACAAUCCACCACCUGCCAGAGGAGGGGGUGGGUCAGCAGGAGGAUAUAUUUCUAGCGGUGGAACUGGGUCAUCUUCAGGUUCUUCACAUUCAGGAGCAAAAUUUCCCCAGUCUGGCCGAUAGAAUCAAAAUUGAAACAAAGAUACUAAAUUGAAAAGGGCAAUUUUCUGCUUUAUCUGCAACUGCAGCAAGUGUCCAAAAGUUUUUAACUGUGCCAAGGAUAUUAUAUCUACACUGUUCUCUGUUUUACCAGAUCCUGUUUUUAAGAUCCUUUUGGAAAAAAAGUGCUACAAAAGAAAGGCGAAAUGUUUUCAAUCUAAAUUAGCUGCUUUAGGUUCAUUUAUAGUAAUUUCAUACUUAAAGAGUUCCAUAGAGAUGGGACAUAUAUAUAUUGCGGCAAGAAUUUUGAUUUAUACCAUACCAUACCAUACCAAUCUAUACCAGUUGCGCUGCAGAAUAAUGGCAAACUCCUGCUGCUGGGGGAUACUGCUGCUUGUCAUUUAGCAGCUAGAGAGCAGCAGAUAAGGGAAUCCCUGCCCUGAGUAUGAGUCAUUUUUUAUUCAAAACACAAUCAUACCAGAAUAAAAAGGCUAUUUUAAUUUGGCUCAUCCCAGUUCAACAUAUCCACUUGAAUGAGAACAUCAAUAUUUCCCAUAUUGCUCGUUUUAACAUCUUAGCAAAUAAAUGAUUUGGAUAAAGUUUAAAUUUUGUGAUCACCGUCUAAUAAACAUCUUUAUAAAAUUA